CAACAACAACGUUUAUUAUGGUCAUACAUCAUUUAUGCCAUAAUCUUACAUACAUUGUCCAUUUAUGGUUGCUAUCUAUUGAUUUUCACGAUGCCAUUGUCAAUUUUUAUACGACAUAUUAUCGUUGUUGAUUUGAUGGGCAAAUUAGGUUCAUUCGGUAUAGUAGCCGGUGCACAUCGUCUUUGGUCACAUCGAUCAUAUCGUGCACGAUUACCAUUACGAAUAUUUCUAAUGUUAUGUCACACAAUGACAUUUGAAUUAAGUAUACUAAAAUGGUCUCAAUUACAUCGUGUACAUCAUAAAUGGUCCGAUACCGAUGCCGAUCCACAUAAUUCACGGCGCGGUUUUUUCUAUUCUCAUGUUGGUUGGCUUUUUUUUGAUCAAUCUCCAGAAUAUUACGAAAAAGAAAAAACAUUGAAUUUCGAUGAUUUAUUGGCCGAUCCAAUCAUACGAUUUCAGGAUCAAUUCUAUUGGCCAUUAUUGGUGAUAACUUGGGCCAUUGUUCCAAUGUAUUUGGGACAUUGGUACACCGGAUCAUCAUUGUUUGUAUGUUUUACAAUAGAAGUAAUGCUUCGACAUUGUUUAGCGCUACAUCAUACUUUCAUUGUUAAUUCAAUUGCUCAUAAAUAUGGUUCACGACCAUAUGAUCCCAAAAUUGAACCACGUGACAAUUAUUUCGUGGUAUAUCUUGCACUUGGUGAAGGCUAUCACAAUUAUCAUCACACAUUUCCAUGGGAUUAUUCAGCUAGCGAACAUGGAGCAAAAACAUUUAAUAUUAUUACGGCAUUUAUUGUUUGUGCACUAUUUGGAUUGGCAUAUGACCUUCGUAAACCAUCGGCUGAAUUCAUUGCAAAAAGAUCUGAAAAAGCUUUGAAAAUGAUUGAUAAUAAUAAUGAUGAUGAUGAUGAUCAACAUUCAACAUUAUCAACAUCAUCAACAUCAAAGAAUAUUGGUUUUUAUAAUUUAAUCAUCAUUUUAUUGGACAAUUUAAUUGGCUUAAUGAUUAAUACAAUAGGAUUAGUAUUGUUGGCCGCACUGAAAAUUGUUGUAUUUUAUUAUUCUUAA